AAAGCGUGAGAGAUAUUUGCUCUUUAAAAGGGGUGGCCAGUGAUCACCUCCUUCACAGUGAGAUCCUCCAUUUUUUGGUUUUUUGUUGGACUUGGCUCUUCUUUGUGUCUUAAAUUUCUUACCCUUUCCCAAGAAUCUAGGUGCUUGAGAAGGUAGAAAAAUGUAAUCCACCCAUUUUUUUUUUAGGAACGCAGAAUUUUGGCAGACGUCAAAGCUUUUCAAAUGGGGGCAUUGAUAACGAUAAUCAAGGGGAGGAUGUAUGUGUCCCUGCCAAACGCUGCCCCCCACCCCAGCCACUAUGUAAAAAAUCGCACCUCACCUUGUCCUGGUCCUGCAUUGCCUUUUAGAGCAUAGGUAUCACUUGACGGUUCCUCCUGUGAGAUAGCCAUGAACAGCAGGAGUUGGGAUAAGCACACACCCUGCUUUAAUCUGUGGCAGCUAGCGAUCUGGGAGAGUCUUUUUGAGGGCUAAAAGCUGUAGUAGGAAUGUUUUUAGAAGUGAAAAACAGAAAAUUGUCCAGUCUUGACAUAAGAACAUAGACAGCAGGCUGCACUAGAGAAAAUCAGUUGAUUGCUACUUGCCCUGAAGUCUUUCUUUCAUCUUUGUUAUCCAAAAGAAGAACCUUUGGCAUUCUUCCUAAUUUCUCUUCACCAUAUGGAGUAAUUAAAAUGAAGUGUCUUUUUGUAUGGGAUGUUAAUGUAGUUUUCAAUUCUAGGACUGUCAGAAUUGUGGAUAAGAACAUUUACAUCGUACAAGGUGAAAUCAAUGCAGUAGUUGGGGCCAUAAAGCGCAGCGCAAGAUGGAGUACUCAUACACAUUUGGAUGAAGAGCGUGAUCCACUGCUGCACAGUUUCAGUGUCUUAAAAGAAGUGCUGAAUAACAUAACAGAACUUUCAGCAAUUGAGCCUAUUGUCUUUCUUCGACCUUUUUUGGAAGUUAUCCGUUCAGAAGAUACGACGGGUCCCAUCACUGGAUUGGCUCUGACCUCAGUCAAUAAGUUCCUGUCAUAUGCACUAAUAGAUGCCAGCCAUGAGGGCACAGCUGAGGGAAUGGAGAGUAUGGCAGAUGCUGUUACGCAUGCUCGGUUCGUGGGCACAGACCCUGCAAGUGAUGAAGUUGUUCUGAUGAAAAUCUUACAGGUCCUGCGGACUCUGCUCCUCACUCCAGUUGGAGCGCAUCUCACGAAUGAGUCCGUUUGUGAGAUCAUGCAGUCCUGCUUCCGUAUCUGCUUUGAGAUGAGGCUUAGUGAGUUAUUGAGAAAAUCUGCAGAGCACACUCUGGUCGACAUGGUGCAGCUGCUCUUCACAAGAUUACCUCAGUUUAAAGAAGAGCCUAAAAGUUAUGUGGGCGCUAAUAUAAAGAAGAUUUCUCCAUAUCUUCUCAACAGCCUGGAUUUAUAUAGUGGGGAACAGUCCAAAGCCUUGAACCAGUUAGAGAGAGUGCUACUCCUUCAGAAACUGAAGCUGAAAAUGAGAGCAGGGGGGAUGAGCGACUCAUCAAAAUGGAAGAAGCAGAAGAGAUCGCCCAGGAACUCUUGCCACGUGACCAAGGUAUCUCAGGGAGCAGAACAGAUGGCUGGCAAUGGCACAGGUGGAGUUAAUUUCAUAGAUGUACCUUCUCCCGUCUCAUCUGGAAGUUCAGAAAAUGCAUCUUCCACAGUCAGCCCUGCUACUGAUAGUGGCUUGGAGCUUUCAUCCCAGCUCGGCUCAAAGGAAGUCCUUCCAGACUUGCAAAUGGUUGACCCCUUGGGAAUCGGUACAGCCAUGCCUGUAUCUGAGCCUGGAGCCAGAGAGCAGCUAGAGACCCAGACUGAAUGCCCCCGGGAGGAAAAGACCCCCUCGGCCUCAAUGGAGUCCAUCCCAGAGGUCCUCGAGGAGUGCACCUCCGCAGCCGAGCACUCCGACUCUGCUUCCGUGCACGACAUGGACUACGUCAAUCCUCGAGGGGUGCGUUUUACUCAGUGCAUCCAAAAGGAAGGAAUGGCACUGGUCCCCUAUGGGCUGCCUUGUAUCCGAGAGCUCUUCCGCUUCCUCAUCUCCCUCACUAAUCCGCACGACCGCCACAACUCCGAGGUGAUGAUCCACAUGGGGCUGCAGCUGCUCACUGUUGCCCUGGAGCUGGCUUCUGUGGCUAACUGUCCGUCCCUCCUCGGACUGGUGAAAGAAGAACUGUGUCGCUAUCUCUUCCAGUUGCUGAGUGUGGAGCGGCUCAGUUUGUAUUCGGCUUCUCUUAGGGUGUGCUUCCUCCUGUUUGAGAGCAUGAGAGAACACCUGAAGUUUCAGCUGGAGAUGUACAUAAAGAAGCUGAUGGACAUCAUCACUGUGGAAAACCCCAAGGUGCCCUAUGAGAGGAAGGAGAUGGCCCUGGAGGCCAUCGUUCAGCUCUGGAGGAUUCCCAGCUUUGCCACUGAGCUGUAUAUCAACUAUGACUGUCACUAUUACUGUGCUAAUCUGCUUGAAGAUCUCACCAAGCUGCUUUCCAAGAAUGCCUUUCCUGUUUCUGGACAGCUGUACACAACACACUUGCUGUCCCUCGAAGCGCUGCUGACAGUGAUCAAUGGAAUUGAAGCGCAAUGCCAAGCCAAAGUGCUUAGUGGCAACUACCAGCAGGAGAAAGACGCACUGAAACCAAGCACAGAAAUUGCCUGUAACAUCAAAGAAGCAAGCCCCAUUGUUGAGGGACCGCUGGCAGAAGCCACUGCUGAAAUGCCAGAGACGUGUCCACCCACCAGUGGCGCCUUGAUGACCAACCAUGUGAAGCAGCAAGACAGUCUGAAUUUGGAGGUGGGAAACGAUGCAGCAGAAAAGACUGUCCCGAGGAAGCCCUCUCGCUUUUCCUGCCUCCUGCCCACCCUGCAGGAAUUGGUAAUGAUCAAAAGUAAAAAGAAGCUCUUGAUUAGUGGUUCAGAGCUGUUCAAUCAAAAGCCCAAAAAAGGGAUACAGUUUCUUCAGGAGAGAAAUCUCUUGGCUACACCCAUGGAUAAUAAUGAAGUGGCCAAGUGGCUACGGGAAAAUCCUAGACUGGACAAGAAAAUGAUUGGAGAAUUUGUAAGUGAUCGGAAAAAUGGAGACCUGCUAGACAGUUUUGUGGGGACUUUCAUUUUCCAAGGCUUACGGCUGGAUGAAGCCUUGCGACUCUACCUCGAAGCCUUCCGAUUGCCAGGAGAGGCUCCUGUGAUCCAGAGACUGUUGGAAGCCUUCACAGAACACUGGCGUAAAUCAAAUGGGUCUCCCUUUGCUAAUAGUGAUGCUUGUUUUGCCCUGGCAUAUGCCGUCAUUAUGCUGAAUACAGACCAGCACAACCAUAAUGUUCGCAAACAGAAUGUACCUAUGACCCUGGAGGAAUUCCGAAAAAAUCUGAAAGGAGUAAAUGGAGGCAAGGACUUUGAGCAGGACAUGCUGGAGGACAUGUACCACGCUAUCAAAAAUGAGGAGAUUGUGAUGCCAGAAGAGCAGACGGGCCUGGUGAAGGAAAACUAUGUCUGGAGCGUCCUGUUGCAUCGUGGGGCCACCGAGGAAGGCCUUUUUCUGCAUGUCCCACCUGGAAGCUACGACCACGACCUCUUUGCCAUGACCUGGGGUCCCACCGUUGCAGCCCUGUCUUAUGUUUUCGAUAAGAGCCUUGAUGAAACCAUAAUCCAGAAGGCUAUCUCUGGUUUUAGAAAAUGUGCCAUGAUUUCUGCCCAUUACGGCCUCAGUGAUGUGUUUGACAAUCUCAUCAUUUCUCUCUGCAAAUUUACAGCCCUAAGCAGUGAGUCUGUUGAGAAUCUUCCCACUGUUUUUGGGAGCAAUCCCAAAGCCCAUAUUGCAGCAAAGACGGUGUUCCAUUUGGCUCAUCGGCACGGUGACAUUUUGCGAGAGGGGUGGAAGAACAUCAUGGAGGCCAUGCUGCAGCUUUUCAGAGCAGAACUGUUGCCGAAAACCAUGGUGGAGGUUGAAGAUUUUGUUGAUCCCAAUGGCAAAAUCUCUCUUCAGCGUGAGGAGACACCUUCCAACCGUGGUGAGUCGACAGUGCUAAGCUUUGUUAGUUGGCUGACACUCAGCGGCACUGAGCAGUCAGGAAUGCGAGGGCCCUCCACAGAGAGCCAGGAGGCGAAGCGCAUGGCCCUGGAGGUCAUCAAGCUCUGUGACCCGGAGAAGCUGAUCACUGAAAGCAAGUUUCUGCAACUAGAAUCCCUCCAGGAACUAAUGAAGGCCCUCAUCUCUGUGACCCCUGACGAGGAGACCUAUGACGAGGAGGACUGUGCCUUCUGCCUGGAGAUGCUGCUGCGGAUCGUGCUGGAGAACAGGGACCGCGUGGCCUUCGUGUGGCAGGCCGUGCGAGUCCACCUGUACCACCUGUGCGUCGAUGCCGUGGAGUACGGCUUCCUUGUGGAGAGGGCCGUCGUGGGGCUGCUGCGCCUGGCCAUCCGCCUCUUGCGCAGGGAGGAGAUCAGCGCACAGGUGCUGCUGUCCCUGCGCAUCCUGCUGAUGAUGAAGCCCAGCAUGCUGAACAGAGCCAGUCGCCAGAUUGCGUGCGGCCUUCACGAGCUCCUCAAAACCAACGCCGCCAACAUCCACUCCGGGGAGGACUGGUACACGCUCUUCACCCUCCUGGAAUGCAUUGGGUCAGGGGUGAAGCCACCCCCAGCGCUGCAGGCCACGGCCAGAGCGGAGAACGACACCGGGGCUCAGUCAGACAGCGAGAUCUAUCACCCAAAUGAAGCAGGCCUCGACCGUGGCUACACUUCUGAUUCAGAGGUGUACGCAGAUCACAGCAAGCAGGGCAGACUGCACCGUUCUGUCACUGAUGUGGACGUGGUCAACAGUGGCUGGCUUGUGGUUGGGAAGGAUGACAUCGACAACCCAAAGAACAUGGCCGGACUCUCCAAGCUGAGCAGUUCUCCCCUGGUGAAUCAGUACAGUCUGACCGUGGGGAUGGACCUGGGACCACACAACACCAAGUCCCUGAUGAAGUGCGUGGAGUCCUUGUCCUUCAUCGUGCGCGACGCUGCCCACGUCACCCCUGAGAACUUCGAGCUCUGCGUUAAAGCUAUCCGCAUCUUUGUGGAGGCCAGUCUAAAUGGAGGGUGCAAGUCCCAGGAGAAGCGGGGAAAGAGCCAUAAGUAUGACCCUAAAUUGGCCCGUUUCAAAAAGAAAGCCAAGGAGAGCUCUCUGAGGCACUUGCGGGUCUCUGCCCAGCACCAGCCCCAGCACCGCUCCCCGAGUGAGGACGAAGACGAGGACGAGAGUGUUCCUGCCAGCUACCACACGGUGUCUUUACAGGUUAGUCAAGACCUGCUUGACCUGAUGCACACCCUCCACACACGCGCUGCCACCAUCUACAGCUCCUGGGCAGAGGAGCUGCACCAUCAGGAGGCUUCAGGGAGGCGGAUCGAAGCAGACUCGCAGACCUUGUGGGCCGACUGCUGGUGCCCUCUGCUGCAAGGUAUUGCCUGCUUGUGUUGUGAUGCACGCCGACAGGUGCGGAUGCAGGCCCUGACCUACCUGCAGCGGGCGCUCCUUGUGCACGAUCUGCAAGCUCUUGACGCCCUGGAGUGGGAAUCCUGCUUCAACAAGGUGCUGUUUCCUUUACUGACCAAACUCCUGGAAAACAUCAGCCCAGCAGACGUUGGUGGGAUGGAGGAAACCAGGAUGAGAGCGUCGACCCUGCUUUCCAAGGUCUUUCUGCAGCAUUUGUCGCCGCUACUUUCUCUUCCCACUUUUGCUGCUCUGUGGCUGACAAUUCUGGAUUUCAUGGACAAAUAUAUGCAUUCCGGUUCCAGUGAUUUACUGCCGGAGGCCAUCCCUGAAUCUCUGAAGAAUAUGCUGCUAGUGAUGGACACUGCCGGAAUUUUCCACAGCGCCGACUCGCGAACUGGCUACUCUGAUCUCUGGGAGAUCACCUGGGAGCGCAUAGAUUGCUUUUUGCCAAAACUGCGGGAUGAACUGUUCAAGCAGACAGUCAUCCAAGACCCAGUUUCCACCGCUCCAGCUGAGAUGCCCGCCCCGCGGCCUACAGCGUCUGCUCUGCCACACGCCUCUGGAGGGGACACAAGGCUGGCCGCCCCUUCCCCACCUGCCGAGAGGUCUCCUGAGCUCGCAGCCACUGACUCCGCGAGUGCCUCGGCGCCGGGCCCCAACGCACCGGGUCCUUCCGGAGGGCAGCAUCUCUCCCCGGCAGCAGCGGCAAAAGCGGGCCCAGCAAAAGACGUUUCUCCACCAGUGGCCCAGCAGCCUCUCAUUCUUCAGCCUCUGGCCUCCCCCUUACAGGUGGGAGUGCCCCCGAUGACUCUGCCCAUCAUCCUGAACCCAGCCCUCAUCGAAGCCACGUCCCCUGUGCCUCUCCUGGCCUCGCAGCGGCCUGCUGACCCCAUGGCAACCUCGGAAGUCAACUGAGGGGAGGAAUGGGGCAGCGGGUGUCACGUGAGGGAGCCAUGCGUGCUGUGGGGGGGCUCUCGCUGACCUUCAGCUGCCCUUGCUUCGUGGUGGCUGCCCUUCCUGCUGCCCCUGGACUAGCUCCCUGUGGGCGGGCGGGCCGGCCGGCCGGACAAACGGACCGACCGCUCCCUGGCAGGUGGCCAGGUCCUCUCCGCCAGAGCUUUUUGGCAGCAGCUAGUCCUUCCACACAGGCAUUCUGCUGCCUGUGUCCCCUGCGGGGGGGAGCAAAAGGGCCCACCCCGGGAGAUCAGGGAAGGGCCUCCCGGGGUGCAGGCCUGGCUCUGCUGCCAGAACGCUUUGGCCUGGCCAGGCGCGUGGCUCCUUCCGGCGCCACCCCUGGACUCGGGCUCCUCGGGGGCCUUGAUGCGGGUGGUGCUGCCCAUGCCUGCUGGGCCUCUGGGAGGACUCGGGGAAGACCCUGCCUGGUGAGGAUGCGGAAAGGAUGUGGAAGCCGGGGGCGAAAGGGGAUUCUCUCCGAGGCCGCGUGGGGAGUAGCCGCUUUGACCCAGGCUCUGUGCACGACUCUCCUCCUCGCACGUGCGGCUGGCCGGGUGCCCUCCAGACCCCCCGGACUCCCUGCCGUCCGGUGAACGGGAGGGACUGGGGGGCAUCGCACCCAGAGCGAGGGGCCUCUUGGGGCGGAGGAAGACUCCCCCAUGGUACACGCUGCAGUUCCCUCAGGAAUGGGCUGAUAACAUUUUCCUUCUGACCUUCGCCAGCAGUGCCCCCUUCGGGGCGGGGCGGGGGCUGCUUUCCUGCACCUCCGGCCUUCGCGCAAGAGCCGAGCGACCUGCGUCACGUCUAGCGCUUCCCGCCUGUUUUAUGUCGGGCUGAAAUGCUCACGUUUAUUGCAGAAUCCUGUUGGGAACUGAAGCCAGUGUCUGCUGGGUGGAGCAGCAGGUGACUGUGAGCGUGGAUGUGCGCGCGUGUAGAUAUAUAUAUUUAUAUAUAUAUAUAUAUAUGGAGUCAGUUGACUUUUUACAGUGGAAUAAAUAUGACCUGUAAAUGAA